AUGUCGGCGAGGCGGCAUUUCGCUGUGUUCACCACCGCGAGCCUUCCGUGGAUGACGGGGACUUCCAUCAACCCGUUGUUCCGUGCGGCCUACCUUGCCAAGGAUGGGGGUAGAGACGUCACCUUGGUGAUCCCCUGGCUUUCUCUAAGGGACCAAGAGUUGGUUUACCCAAACAAGAUUGUGUUUGAUUCGCCGUUGGAGCAAGAGGGUUAUGUUCGUCGCUGGAUUGAGGAGAGGGUCGACUUCAGGCCAUCGUUCAGCAUCCAGUUUUCUAAAGAAAUGAGAAGCAUUCUACCUGUUGGGGAUAUCACAGAAUGCAUUCCGGAUGAAAUGGCCGAUAUUGCUGUUCUAGAGGAGCCUGAGCAUCUAAAUUGGUACCACCAUGGGCGAAGAUGGAAAAAUAAGUUCAGGCGAGUGAUAGGUGUGAUUCACACAAAUUAUCUAGCAUAUGUGAGAAGAGAAAAGAAUGGACAAGUGAUUGCCUGUUGCCUCCGAUAUGCGAACACCUGGGUUACCCGAAUUUAUUGCCACAAGAUAAUCAGACUAUCAGGUGCCACUCAAGAUUUACCCAAAUCUGUUAUAUGCAAUGUCCAUGGUGUGAAUCCAAAAUUUCUUGAGGUUGGCAGGCUAAAAUUGAAGCAGCUGCAGAAUGGAGAGGCAUCCUUCACAAAAGGGGCAUACUACAUUGGGAAGAUGGUGUGGAGUAAGGGUUAUAGGGAGCUUCUUGACCUUCUGUCCAAAUAUCAGAGCAGGUUAAGUGAUCUUGAAGUAGAUUUAUAUGGUAGUGGAGAAGAUUCAGAUGAAAUCCAAGAAUCUGCAGAGCGCUUAAGUUUGGCUGUAAACGUUCACCCUGGUCGUGAUCAUGCAGAUCCAUUAUUCCAUGACUAUAAAGUAUUCAUCAAUCCCAGCACAACAGAUGUGGUCUGCACGACCUCAGCUGAGGCCCUUGCAAUGGGAAAAAUUGUUAUCUGUGCCAAUCACCCUUCAAAUGAGUUCUUCAAGCAGUUCCCCAACUGCCGCAUCUACAACAACGAUGAAGAGUUUGUACAACUCACACUGAAUGCUCUAGCAGAGCAGCCUACUCCAUUAACCGAUAUGCAGAUGUAUGACUUGUCGUGGGAGGCAGCAACCGACAGAUUCAUGGAGGCUGCUGAGAUAAACCUUCCUACAGCAGAGCCAAGAAUCCAGCAAGCGUCCAAGACAUACUUCCCCACUUUUCUAAGGACUCGUAAACUGAAGCAAAGUUUGGAGGAUGCAUCAGUAUACCUGCACCAAGCACUCUCAGGGCUGGAGGUCACCCGUUGCGCCUUUGGUGCUGUUCCAAAGACACUGCAACCCGAUGAGCAGCUGCGCAAAGAUCUUGGCUUGGCUUCUCCCCCAAAGAGAAAAAAGCAGAAACAAAAGCUGAUGACAUGA